AUGGCUUACAACAUCACAACCGUGGACAAAAAUACGCGAGUCUUCGAGUGGUUGGGCUCCAUAGAGCCCAUCUGCUUCGAUUGCGAUCCCCGUCCGAUCCAUACAUCGCGACCUAAUACACCAUUAGCCACAAGUCCCACGUACGACGAGCUGUACCAUGCAAGCAGCUGCGUAUACGAAUGGGUUGAGCCGACAAGCAGCAAAAAAGGAGGCAGCAAGGCCGAGGAGGAUGACACCGAUUGCGAGAAGAACCUUACUGGAACAAGAACCCCUGGCGCACAUACAACCCGGACCGGCAACCGAGGCGGCACCCCCAACGGCAAAGAAGGCAAUUCAAUCCGUCCACAUACUAGCCUCGCUGAAUCCGGGGACCACCAGAAAAGCCGUAUAGAUCUGCAAAGAGGCCCCCGCUCUGCUGAGCUGCACAUAGCGCCGGCAGACAUACUGUACAGUCCCGCUGAAUCUGUAUAUCCCCAGAGUAGCUCUAUAGAUCUGAACACAGGUCCCCUGUCUCCAAAACCGUACAUAACGUCCGCAGACAUUCUAUACAGCCACGCCUUGAAUGAUACGAGUUAUUCCCAACGGCCCAACGUAUAUUUCCGACAGAAGAAGUGGGAAUUGUUCCCCGAGCUGGCACCUUGCCCGACGACCAAAAGAUACAUUUGUGCUGAGGCAACUUGCCCUCCACGGCGCCCGAAUGGCCCUGGAAAGGAUGAUACUAGAUCGCAGUCGCAGCCUUCAAAACAGCCGCGGUUGGGGUGGACGCGGAAUGCGCUGGCUUGCAUUUCUGGGAUAAUCAAGGGCGUUGAUGGGGGUGGCGAUAAACAUUGA